AUGCCUUCGAUCCGGUCACUCCUGUUCGCUGGACUCCAGGUCACUAGCUUUGCGCUGGCCGACUCUACCGAUAGCUAUGAGGAUACACCAGAUGUCGGCGGUUUUAGGCAAGCACUGGGCCGUUUGCCGGAAGAGUCUAUCCAUGCUGCAUUGUCUGGACAUCUAGGAGGAAAGUACCAGGCUGGUGUGUUCGAGAAGGACCACAGGGCCAUGGAGCACAUCCACAACGACAACCCCUCGCUGGCUCAGCGUCUCAUCGAGAUUGCAAAGCACGACGUUGCCGUCCGAGCAGAGUUGCGCAAGAGACAAGAUAGCACCGCCGAUAACACGACCGUCAUUGCCGUCCCUGCCACCACCUCUUCGGAUGAGGCAUCUUCGACCAGCACCGAGGCCGUCAUAGUUACCGACUCGAGCACGACAUCCGUUUCCUUGACCACAGAGACUUCGGCUCCAUCGACUACCAGUGCUCCUGCAUCAACUACUGAUUCAUCUGUAGCUCCUUCGAGCACCACAGGAGGUGAGAGCAGUGCUGAUUUGUCGUCCGCUUCUUCUUCUGCGUUGAGUUCUGCUUCCCCUACGUCGCGCUCGGAUACUGUUGUUGCUGCCUCUUCCGGCUCGUCUGUUGUCUCUUCCACCCAGGCCUCGACCUCCGAGACCUCCUCUGUCGCCCAGAGUUCUGUUUCCUCCCAACAGAGCUCUGUUUCUUCUGCUGCUGCUGCGUCUUCCUCCGCGGCACAGUCUUCUGCUCCGUCCUCUACCCGCGAGACUUCACAAACCUCCCAGACCUCUGAUGCUUCUUCUGUUUCACCGUCCUCAUCCCCUUCUUCUGGUGCAAUUUCGUCUGGACGUAGCUCAUCAGUUAUAGCAUCCUCCACCGAAGCCUCAUCCUCUGCUUCUUCCGCAAGCUCAGCAGCCUCUUCUUCUGCCGACAGCUCUGCUGAAAGCUCUAGCGCCGCAUCCUCUCAGAGCUCUGCCGCUAGUUCUAUUGCACCGACUGUUGUCGCCAUCACCACCACUAACUCGGCAGGAAGCACUAUCGAGACUUCCGCCACCGCUUCCCGUGAGAUCGCUGCAUCUAGCAGUGAGACCGCUGCUUCGACUGCUUCCGGUGUCCUUGUUCCCGUUGUUCUGUCGAGUACCAACAGCGAUGGAAGCACUGUGGUCCAGACCACUUCAGCUUUCCAGGCAUCUGCAUCCGUCAGUGUUGAACAGACCUACACCACUACCAACUCACAAGGUCGUGCUGUGACCACUUCUGCUCGUUUCCCUGGAGUUGUCGUUGUUACCACUAACUCGCGCGGCUCAACUAUCUCAACAACAUCGGCUGUUGCCAGUGUUGCUGUCAACCAGGAUGGAGACAUUGUCACUUCUGUCAAUGCACCUGAGCCAAGUGGCAGCACUCGCGCCACAAGCGAUUCCGAGGUUGUGACUACUACCGAUGAGUAUGGCGCCAGCGUAGUCCUUUCUGGUGCUUCCCGUGGAGCAGUCAUCACUACUACCGAUGCCAAAGGCUCUACCUUCAUUACUACCUACACUCCUGGUGGCGGCAGAGUCAGCUCUCUCGUCUUGAUGACUACUACCUUGCCCGAUGGCGCACCCGCUACUGUGACCUCAUUGGCCAUUGUUGGUGGUGCACAAGCCGCAACUGCCUCUUCGAACCGUCCCAGCCCCACCAACACUGCCGCUCCUGGCCUGCAGUCUGGUGCUGCUAGCGCAUCUCGCGCGCACGUGAAGGGUGCAUUUGCUGUUAUCGGUGGUGCUCUUGGCUUUGCCUACAUGCUCUAG